AUGUUAACAAGUGUUGUAGUACAUAGAAUAAUUAUUGAUAAAUGUUGGAGUGAUAAACAGAUCAUGCUGGGUGCAAGCAUUGGCACACCGCAACAACUCCAACAGAUAGCAACUCUACUCGGCCAAUGCAAGAUGUUGACAGAGCUUCAUUUGGAAUCGAUGUCAUUGGAGGAUCCUCGUUUCGAAAAGAAGUGGACUGCACCUUUUUCCGCGCUACUCAAAGCAAUUACGAAUUGUGAUUCACUCCACUUACCUCACCUUUUGAUGGAGAUUCACUUUACCAAACACUAUCUAAAUCAAAGUACCGGUAAGAAAGAUUCAGAAUAUGUCACCAUUAAUCAACAUAUGAUACAUUCAAGAUUCGGUAAAUCUGGAAAAUCUACAUCUUAUCUAAUUCCAAAUGAAUUAUUUAAGAAUUUCCAAACCAAACAAUAA